AUGAGCAAUGCGUUGGGCGUAGCCUGGCGCAUACCAUGCCCGGGGCUCCGCGCCUCGAGCUGGCUUGCCCCAUCAACAUCAACAUCACCGCUGCGAUCCUCCGCUCCUCUUCGUCUCUCCGCCUCUACAAACACCCUCCCAUGGCAACCCGAUAACAUUGCCAGGCGCCUCUUAAGCUCCUGGCCAAAUCAAUCUCCAGUUCUCUCCAGACAGUCAACCGCUCCCUCCUCAUCCCUCACCCUCAUUCGCUCCCUCCACAACACCCACUCCCUCCGUGCCAAACACCCAACAACUCCAGACCAACCCCAAGAACAAGGCACUCAUCCCCGCUCAACACCCUUCACGACCACCGAAUUGAGAACUAUCUUCGGUCCACGUACCAAACUUCCCCCAGCCCUAGCAAACCGUGUCCUCGCCGUCCUCCAUGGCCGCCGUCUCCUCGGCACCCUGGACCUAAACCUCCCCGCUGAUAUCGUCCGCUCCGUGCACCCGCGCAGUCUCGAGCUAGCACUCAAGUACCUCCGUGCGAACUACCCGGUCGACGAAGAUGCCGCGAUUCUGGCCCGCGUUGAGCGCGAAAUGGACGAGGAGGAAGCGAGAAAUGUACAGCGGUAUAUGCCGCAGGGUGGGGAGUAUGGAGCUGAUGUAAAUGGGGGAGCGGGUGCGUCGCAUAACCCGUCGGGAAAGAGUGUGUUGGAGGAAGUCCGGACGCAGAAUGAGGCGUACUUGCUGGCUGAGCAGGAGAGGAAACGGCAGGAGUGGUUGUCCCGGGGCAUGCAGCAUGAUGAGAGGGUUAGGCGCUCAUUCGAGAAGAACAGUCUGGCUUUGAGGAAUGUGGAUGAGAAGACUGCAUUGGAGAUUGCGCCGAAGGACCGACAACUUGCGGACCCCAAGCAGCGUCCUGUUCUUGCUUGGGUGCAGAAGAAUUACAUGGCUGCGGAGGACUUGGACUUUGAUCUGAACAAGCUCACCCUGCGUCAACGGCUUCUCCCCUCGUUUGCGUUCUUGCUCCUAACCCUGGGUCUCUGCUACGCCUACACUAUGUACUACGAACCGCCCGCAACCUCCGACAGACUAUGGCCCAAUAUUCCUCGCUCAGCUGCAACGGUCGGCACCAUCAUCGGUAUCAAUACGGCCAUUUUCGCGCUCUGGUGGUUCCCUCCGUGCUGGAGACUCUUCAACCGUUACUUGAUCAGCAUCCCCGCGAACCCUAAUCCUCCCCUGAGACUCCUCGGCAACAUCUUCAGCCAUCAGUACCCUAAACAUUUUAUCUCGAAUAUGGUGUUUCUGUGGUUUAUUGGAACCAAGUUGCACGAUGAAAUCGGCCGCGGAGAAUUCCUAUCGCUCUACAUCGCCUCUGGAGUUGUCGGCUCGUUCGUCACCCUCACAGCUCACUGUCUCAUGGCUCAAUGGACUGUCAGCGCGCUCGGUGCCAGUGGUGCCCUCUCGGGAGUCAUAGCAGCUUACUGCACGUUGAAUGCUAACGAAAACCUGCAAUUCUUCUUCCUCCCAGAAGAAUGGAAGAAGAUGCUUUCCGUCCCCGGAUGGUCCAUCAUCACCACCAUGGUUGCUCUCGAAGCGAUCACAUUGGUUCGACGACUACGUGGUCCUCAUAAACUCGAUCACUGGGCCCAUAUGGGUGGUUACUUGACGGGUAUUUCCUGGGCUUUCUGUCGGCCAAAGACGGAACGGAAACAUCCUGAUGGUAGUGGGACGUGGUAUCGCUGGCUGUCUUCGAAGAAUUAGAACCUAACUUCACUUGGGUUCUUUCUUUGAAGCUGUGCUAUUAGCUACUGCUAGAUUGCUG